AUGUGACCUCAAGUGAAAAGGCAGACAAAGAGAGCCGGUAUCAGGACUUCAACAUAAUGUCAUUGCCAUACCCGGGCUGUGAGUUCUUUAAGGACUACCGCGACAACGGCUACUCCGCCGAAGGGCUGGUCUAUGACUGGAAGCAGCACUUCGUAGACGCGGAUCUAAUCGUCCCGAACGACGACCACAUCUGUGAUCAGUUGAACAUCGAUUGGAAUCAAUACCGCAAUUGGGAUGUCAUUAGAUUAACGCAAAACUAUUUAAAACUUUUAUUACUUUACUUCAAUCAAACGGAUUCAUCGAUUUUGAUUCACUGUAUCUCCGGUUGGGACAGAACUCCUCUCUUCACAUCACUCUUACGGCUCUCCCUUUGGGCCGAC